CGUACAACUGGAGCUUCAAGAAGGAGACUGGCUUGUACUUCACGUAAAUAUGUCGACGAACGAAAGCUUAGAAGAGGCAGAAAAUAUGGAAGUCGUCCUGGAUCCCGUGCCCGAGCGUGAAGCAGUGUCUUGCAAUUUAGCUGUCUUACCGAUUGAGGCGAUGGCUCAUUGGAAAGUGGGAGUCGUUGAUAAUAUCACUCUCAAGGAAGAACUUCUUCUAGCUGGAGUUCACAUCUUUAGCGUGAGGACUCGUCUACCAUCAACUGGCUGUGAAGUUUCUUGGACCUUAAAUGUAACCGUUCGAACUCAGGAAUGUUCAAGACUUCCUGAAGAUGACAUUUGUUCAGGUAAAGGGACUUGCCUCACAGACCACACAUUGACAACAUUCACUUGUCACUGUUGCCCAGGAUUCGUUGGACGUUUUUGUGAAGAACGUGACGGUUGCUAUGCCAACCCUUGCCAACACGGUGGAUUUUGCGUGGAUAUCACAGAGGGGCUUACUGGAUCAACAUACCAGUGUUUAUGUCCUCACGGAUUUAGAGGACAGGCCUGCGAAGAGGAAGUAAAUCUGUGUGAUCGUAAGCCAUGUCUGAACAAUGGCACUUGCAGAGGUAAUCAGACAACUUACUGGUGCGAGUGUCCUCCGGGUUACAGUGGACGUCACUGCGAUGCAAACGUUAAUGAGUGUCUCUCAAGCCCUUGUGUUCAUGGUGUUUGUGAAGAUGGGUUAAGUGGCUAUAAAUGUUACUGCUUACCAGGUUACGGUGGGGAUCACUGCGAGUUUGAAUAUGAUGAAUGCGAUUCGAGUCCUUGCAUCAACGGAGGAGCUUGUGAGGAUUUGGUAGCAGGAUAUCGAUGUCAUUGUGGACCAGGGUACCAAGGACGGCGUUGCCAAGUGAAAGUAGAUCUUUGCCAGCCUAAUCCGUGCCCCCCUCCGGCACACUGCGUUGACAGAGGAAACAAUUACAGCUGCAUAUGUCACCCCGGUUACAAUGGUCCCGGAUGUACUCAACAAUAUGAUCCUUGUUUUCCAAACCCUUGCCAAAAUGGAGGUAGUUGCUGGCCUAGCCUGGACUCAUUCUUUUGCUCUUGCCGCCCUGGAUAUACAGGAGAUACAUGUGAAGAUCUGACAUCUGUUUCAGAGUUACGUUAUCCAGGGAUGCCUAUGGCCCACACCUUAGAGGACACGUCAGUAUACCGCAGUGCUACCAUCGGACCUGCUAGUGCACCUUUAGAUCAUCUGCACAAUCUAUAUAUCGCUGCUGCUACACUUGCAGGAGCCUGCUUGAUAGUUCUCGGAGUCGUAACUGUAUGCCACUGCAGAGUGCACAAGACAUACCGCAGAUUCACUAGAAAACUGAGCCGCAAUUCGUCAACGGAUAUAAAGCAAGACCAGCUCGAAGACCCAGACAAGUAUUCACUGAGGUGGUGUGGGAGCGUUUCUGAAGUUACAGGCCAAGAAGGAAUAGGAGGAGGAAAGCUAGACGGGCCAAGUCGAGAUCUACUGGAUACGGUCCGAACUCCUCUUAUUCAUUAACCCACCUUGCUCUUGUAAACUCAUCUAAGCCUGGAUAUGAAAGUACAUCCAAGAUGGCCGCCCAACUACCCGCCCGUCAACCUCUCACAAUUCGCGAUUUAGAAAAUACUAAUGCAAUACCACAUUAACUGCUUUUGAUUGGUAUAUGAACACAAUUAUGAGUGAAAAAGUGAAACCAAAUAACUAAGAUAAACUGGCCAUUAGUUGGUGUAGUCCUUUCUGUUGCCAAUUUUUGCAAAUCUAACGACAGACACAGUCAUUGUAUUAUAUACGACAACUGCGGUUUUUAUUUGUUUAGCUUUUUGUUUGGGAAAACCAUUUAAAAAAUACUGCUUUAAAUUGUAAUUGCGACCAAUAUUUUAAAAAUUCUGUGUACUGAAAUAUCAUUGUAAUAGAUAUACAAGUUGAAAAUUUGCGUUAAACGAUGCCCAAUGGAAUUUUUAGAAGUAAAUACCAUGUUGCGAAAAUUAGUAAUUAGAUAUUUUCGCUGGUUUCGAGUUAAAGCUCACAUGUAAUUUGAAAACUCAUACUUUGACUGACAUAGUCUGUUAGAUUAGCAUUUAUAAAUUAUUAGAGCGUUGUUUUUGCCGUUUCAAUUAAGCUCCUAGCGUAAUGUGAUUAAAGUGUUCUUUGGUGUUUACGCAAAGCUUCAAGUUGUCCACAUCGAAACACGUCCAACACCGUGGGGUCAAAAUGCAAUGUUAAUUCUCCACAUUAGCUUUUGCACAAUCCCACCCAAUUUUUAGCACAUUUCUUAUUAGAAAUAUUUAGAAAUAGAAGUAUACAAGUUUUCUUUUAUAUUCAACUUACUUUAGCUAUAAAAGUAAUGCCAAAAUGUUUCCUUCCGCAAAUUCAUCAAAAUACAUGUUUAAAGACUUUUUUCAGCAUACGUAACUUGGAUCACAUUUUGUAACAUUUAUGAAAACUGUAUAAAUGUUUAUGAAAAUUUAUCUUACAAAAAUUGAUUUUUGAUGUAACUUUUAACUAGGAAAGGAGUUGGAUGUUGUUCCACAUGAGAGGUAUAAUAUUAUGACUGUUGCCAACUGCACAUCCGUUUUAUUUAUUUACCAGUCCAGUAUUCUUUAUGGUUCCAGAGAGGUAAAAGGAGUUUUUAAUCAAUAUCCGUGAGUGAGAAAUUCUGAAAGAGUAUCUCUCUGCUUUGUUUAAUAACGAUAUAAUUGAUGCUGCAGAGUUCUAAAAAUACUAUCAGAAAUACACCAAAAGCGUACUGUUAGGUAAUAAAAAACCUAAUGAUAAAUUCAGAAUGAACAUUUUCCUCUAAUGAGAUCCAAAAUUUUAUUAUGUUUUAAACAUUCAUCAUAAGAAAAGUCCAGCUUAAAGUAAACUAUUAAUUACUAAACUACCUUCACUGUAGGAGAAGCAAAUCUUUACAUAGGACUUCCAUGAUUUGAUCUAACAUUGUCAAAGUACUAUUUGUUUAUAUCAUUUAAUGCUUUAUUUACUGAAACCGUAACAACAGCUACUGAAACCUUUUUCACGUUAUUAGCACAGUUAACAUAUCCGUAACCGUCCGUUUAACGUAGUUGAAGUUCACAAUUCUAUUCAGCUUUUCCAGAAAACAUUUUACGCAAAAUAUGGAACACUGUUCAGUGUGGGCAUACACCGUCCACUCUGCAUUAAUUGCUUCACUGCUCUGUUAAACAUCUUGUUUUAAUUACUUGAAAUGCUGACAGUAUUCAAAUCUAAUGGAUUUUUAUUUUGAAAUACUUAGUCCAUCAUUCUUUUUGAAACAGAACAACUUGUAAGAGCUUUAAAUUAAAAGUCAAAGUUCAUCAUUCAUAUGUAAUGCAUAACGUCAUAAAUAUGCUUAAUUGUUGUAAUUAUUGACAUCUUUUUCCAGAAUUCAAUUUUCACCGUAUUUCAUUUCAAAAAAGUCCUUAUUUAUAAAUUUAUUUUAAUAUCACUAUAUAUAAACUUUUCCUUGAACCUUUUCGGUUCAAACUUUUAUUCUAAACAUUGCAUAAAUUAUCUAAACAAAUGUUUGCUUUUGAAUUAAAUGAGGGUACAAGAUGAUUUUGUAAGAGACACGUAUUGCUAAAUAUCUGAUAUGGUGUAAAUUACUCGUCAUAAAAAAAAAUUUACUAAACAACUAUCAUCGCUUUUCCUCAUUCUCUUGCAUAACACCAUUUUCAGAAGCACAUAUACUGGUGAAACGCAGAGAAGUUUUUGUAAUCAUUUUAGGUUAUUACGAGAGAGAACUUUAUUUUAAGUAUUUUCCAAAUAAUGAUUAGCUUGAUUUUAAAUUCCUUCCCUGUAACAUUUCCAAUAAUAUAUUUUAAUAAAAAUAAAAUAUGGUUGAAAUAUUCUUAUUCACAUUGUUAGCUUAAUAACUAUAUUAAUCUUAAUAAAUAGAGAAUUUACAAAUUUAAUAUUAGUAAAUUUAUAUUUUACUUAUAUUUAUUCCUAUGAUUUAGAGAACCUUUUAAUUUAUAGAGUUAUAAUAAAAUAAAAUGCAUCCAAAAUAACUUUAAACUGAACCAUAACACCUUUGUAGAAGUAGUACUUGUACUACCCUAUUUUGUAGAAGUUUUGUGCAUAUUGUUACCUUUAAAUGAUAUGAUAAUUGUCUGCUACUUUGUUCCUAAAAUCUGACCCUUAAAAUUGUACUAUUUAAAGUUUCUGCUAGAUGGAAAAGCAAUUGUUUUGUAAUUUUUAGGAACUUUAUUUUAAAAACUGUCAGUUUUAUACUUGUGUAAAACCUCUUUCAAUAUACCAAAAAUCAAAAAAGUAAGAUAUCUUGGUGCCAAACAUUGAUUUUAUAAUCAAUCACAGAUUAAUAUGCCCAUUGAAUUAAUUUUAUAAGUUUGAAAUUUCUUUCGUAAAUGAAACAUUUUAUAUUUGAAAGGAAAUGAUUUUUUUAGGACUUAACUGGAAAAACUUCCAGUACCUCUAUUAACAGCAUUCAUUAUAACUUUAAUAAUACCGCUAUUAAUAGCAUACAUAUAGCUCGAAUGCUUCUGAUAUUCCUCUUAACAGCAUGCACUAUUAUUUCAGUCGAACACAAAAUGUACCGUCAUUUUGCAUGCUGUUUCGUUUCUGCUACAGUGCAGUACUCAUUAUUGUCUCAGCCUAUCUAAUAACUCAAGAAUACUAAUGAUUUCGACUAAAAAAGCAAAAUUAAAAUAUAUUUAAAUGCACAUUAUAUCAUUCGUGACUUAACUUCUGAUAAUAACUCUGAAGUACUUUGUACUGUACUUCUAGGGUACAUUUCUUUAUCUCGACGCUAUGAUACAGAAUUUGAUGAGAGAUCAUGUUGCCACACUAUACAUAAUCUUUGAGAGAUAAGCAGUCAACGGAAGUUUAGUCGAUGAUUUUGUGAGUUUUGUUUCAUUUUAUAAUUGUUAAAUAGCCAAAACAGUUUUAUAAGAGAAAUUUACUUUUAAAAUCAGGAAAAUAUCCGACAGUUUCAUAAGGAGUAACCUACAAAGUUGCCUACACGCAACAGGCCGUGAAUUAUCCUUAAAUUAUAUGCAGCUUUAUCUUGCUAAGAGUGCGCUUUCUCUCUGAGUUGAUUUUUCUUUAAGUGAUUUCUAGUCAAAGUAGAAGUUACUAGUCACAUGUUGUCACUAGAUAAUAGCUAUCUCUCUCUCUUUCUCUGCAUAACUGUCGUGAAAGUUGAAUACAUACAAGCACUUAUAAACUGAGCUUAAUUCUAUUUUACUAGAUGCCAUUAGAAAUAGACCAUCCAAGCUGCAGAAAAAUUAAGCUCAUGUAAAAUAAAAAAAAAAAAAAAUAAAAAAACUUUUUCCAUAUGUUCGAAAAUUACUGGGAAAAACGUGUAAACUUCAUACUCUGUGAAUAAAUAUAAUGUUUUUGCUUUGUU